AUGGCUAGACGUACGUGGGCCGAGGGCUUGACGGAACGUUGCGAGUUAAUUCAUAAGGAUAUACAAGAGCGUAAUGAGCGGACGGAUAUUAUAAAUCGCGCUAUCAGUGUAGCUCUUGAGAACCUGAAGACUCAUGUGGGAACCUUGGAACAUCGGUUCACGGAAGCACAGACGUGGGCGAAUGAUCUUUUGAAGGAACAACACGUAGCGCUUGAUGGAUGGGAACGAACCUUUGCGACAUUGGGAAACAUCCCAGCUCGAAAGGACUUCCCCUUCCUAGGACGCCCGUCAACCCCAACAAAGGGCUCGGAUAACUCAACUGGAACGCUACGUGAUUAUUUAGACACAGAUGAAGUGCAUAGAGCUGGGUCAGAGGCAGUGGAUGUAUCCUCGCGCUUUGCUCGACAGGUUGAAGAUGUGGAGAAGGCUGUUGGCGGGAUUGCUGCUGACACUCAGCACUUGGUGGAUGCUGCGGUCCCUGCAGGCGUGGAUGGUGUUGAGGGCCUAUUACAGGAAGUGGAAACAAUAUCUAGGAAGAUACAAUCCGACUAUGAACAUGUUUUGGCUCUGCCCAAUAAUCAGAAAACGCUGGCCAACAUUUCUAGACUUGCGCUGAGCCAUACCAAGGACCUCCUACCAUCGCUAUUGGAAGUUAGUGCCGAGAUUCAGACCAAUUUGGAGGAAGCCGCUAGGCAAUAUAAUGCCGCAGUGAAAGCUGCUUUCAAUCACAUGCGACAGAUAUCUUUGAUUGAGUCACGCCUUGCCGAUGUGCAGUCUCAAAUAAACAAUUUGAAUUUCCAAAGCGAUGCAUUCGAUGUCCUCUACACGGUUUUCCACAUGCCGUUUGUUUAUGGGUCUAUCUUGAUUGAGUCUGUUCGACGUCGUGAGUUCAGUGACAAGAUGAAGAGCGACUCCCUAACUUUAGCGGAAGAGAUGUCUGUAUUUCAGGAUGAAGAGCAACGCCGGAGGAAAAAAUGGAUCAAGAACAUGGGUGAUUUCGUUUCUAUGUCCGACACAACUACACCAGGGAUCGAAGUCAAUCUACGAGGCCAGGAGUAUGAGUGGCCCGUAGUCAGUAGAAAGGAGAUCGAAGCGUACAUUGAGGAGCUGAAGACUAAACCUGGUAUGGCCAGUCCAGUCCAAGAGCUGACACAACUCUAUAAAGAGUUAGAUGCUCCUACCCGCCUACAACGCCGCAGGGCAAAGGCCUUCAAGCAAGGCAGUGUCUUUGACCUUAGCCGAAGCUCUCUUUUACUUCGCAGCGAUGACAUGGUCCGGAGCUUGAGGGACGAAAAGUCUAAAUUAGAAGAAAAAGUUAAAGGCUCUGAAAGCCGUAUUCGGAAGCUCGAAGACCUGCUACAUCGCCAGAGCCAUAUGGGGAGGCCGGCUAGUGGAAAUUUCUCAAUCGACUUUCCUAGCUCUCCAGCAUCGCCUCAUCCUGAUACGCUUUCAAGAAGGUCUUCUGUUUCAUCAAGACGGAUGUCCUCGAACCAAUCUUCAGAAGAGAAGGCGCUAGUGCAGCGAAUUGUUCACCUAGAAGCCGAGUUGGCAGCAGAACGAGAGACAGUUCAAAAGCUGCAAAAGGACGCGCACGCGGAGCGCCAAUCCAACACUGACAAAAUACAAGAAGUGCAGUCCACGAAGAAUGACUUGAUAGGAAAUCUUGAAGCCCGGCAGCGGGAGUUUGAUGAUGAACGGAGGUUCCUCGAAGGUGAGAUGAAAAAGUGUAGGAUACGGGCUGAAGAGCUCGAGGAGGAGUUGGAUAGAAUAAUGGAGAGCCGAGAGCAUGAGAAACAGGACGCCGAUGAGCGGAUCCACCAGCUUGAGCUAGAACUACAAGAUGCUCAUGCUCGUGCUGAAGAAGAGAUACAGAAGGCGACCGACCUAACUGCAUACACGCAGACCCUUAAAGAUGCGGAAGAGAGUCUCCGUAUUCGGAUCGAAGAACUUGAGAAGCAAGAAUCCGAAAGAAGAGAGCGUGAGCGAGAAAGCAAUCAGGCCCUACAAGCUGCUUUCAUGAACCUAUCACCCGGGGGCUCAGUUCCAGUGGACACCCCUAGCAUCGUCAAAGCUAUCGAAGUACUUUCUGAAGGGCUGUCAAUUCAUGCUAAGAAUGCAGAAGAAAGUUCUGCCAAAGCUGUAGCCGAAAGUAAGGAGCUUGGAGAACGCCUAAGCCAGCUUGAGUCGGAAGCCGAGGAGUUAAGAAAGACUUCAGAAAUGCGCGCUUCAGAACUGUCCCUAGUAAAAGAGGAACUUGCACAGGAGAAAACGAGAUUGGAAAAUGUUGCAUCUGACUUGGAUGAUGAACGCUCCAAAUUUAUUGCCCUGCAGUCUAAGUUGGCCUCCGGUGAGACAGGGUCCGACGCUCUUCAAGAACGCGUCAUAGAGGAAGAACGAAAACUGGCGGACCUUUCCCAGAGAUUAAACGAAGUAGAGGCUCAGGCUCGAAAGGCCGAGGGUGAGGUCCUUGUUUGGAAGGAGAGGGUGGAAGCCAUGGCUGAAACAGAGCAGCACGCUGCUGGUAGAGUUGAGACUUGCGGGACUAGAUCUCAAGAGCUUUCAAAGCAGCUAUUCAGACAAGUUGAAAAGGUGGAGCAUAUGCUGGAGCAAUUAGGUUUCACCGUCGUCCGGCAAAAUGGAGAUAUUGUUGUCCAAAGGUCUUCUAAGGUUACUGCCCUCUCAAGUACUGCAGAAUCCCUCAGCCAGUCUGGAGUGGUAUCGGUACGGCCAGACCCGACCCUUCUUGACUGGAUGCACGCCGAUACCUCCCAAGAGGAAACCGACAGGUUUAUGGCUUUCAUGGAAUCACUAUAUCAGUUCGAUGUUGAUAUAUUCAGCGAUGCUAUUGUCAAGCGCGUUAAGGACAUUGAGGUACUUGCUCGCAAAUGGCAGAAGGAGGCGAGGGGAUACAGAGAUAAAUACCAUCGGACUCAGAGUGAAGCUCAUGAUAAGAUUGCCUACCGGUCCUUCAAGGAAGGGGAUCUCGCCUUGUUUUUGCCAACGAGAAACCAGGCCAUCCGAUCAUGGGCUGCUUUCAAUGUCGGGGCACCGCACUACUUCUUGCGCGAGCAAGAUGUUCACAAACUCCAUACUCGGGAUUGGCUGCUUGCUCGGAUCACGAAGAUUGAAGAAAGAGUCGUGGAUCUUUCGAAAUCCAUGAAUGGUGCUAAUCCAGAUCGUCGGUCAAUCGGAGAGGCUAGUGAUGGCACUUCCUUCGAUGAUGAGAAUCCUUUUGAAUUGUCUGAUGGCCUUCGCUGGUACCUUCUAGAUGCCAUGGAGGAAAAGCCCGGCGCACCAGCCACGCCAGGUUUAGGCAAAAGUACUGUUGCGCCAGCACAUGUAGACGCGCGGGGCAGUAUCCGAUUGAAACGCACGAGUGCCGGAGGCAAUGUUGCCCGAACUUUAAGCAAGAGCCUGGAUAGUCGACGUAACAGUUCUAAUUCUAAGAAAGGUCCAGCAACACCGUCACAACGUGGCAACGAUUCAACAACUGAUCUUGCCCGACAAGCUGACGCCGACUCGACAACUGCAACUGCAGGCUCACAGCCACGGGAGGCAGCCCCUACUUCAGAAGAGGUUCGCCGCGACCAGCUCCAGGGCCCGUGA